UGGCGCCCGGAGCCGCUCCAGGAAUCUGCCCUAAAUGUUUUCCAUAUUAGUUCAGAGCCUUCUCUGGUUCCAAAUAGCCUAGCAGCCGAGCAGGGAUAAUACUGAGAGGAACCCUGAGCAGAGAGGGGAAGGGAACGGGGGGCGUGGCAGGGAGCAGUGUAGCACACAGACAGCACAACGGUAAGACACUGACAAAGAAACGGGAAAGGAAAGAGAGAGAAAAGAGAAAGAGAAAACAACCUCCCAAGGAGCUGAAGAAUACGCGCUAGUCUCAUCUCAAGGCAGAAGGUGAAGAAUGGGAGAAGGAAAGAAGGGAUCUGGAGGAGGGGAGAAGAGCGGAGGAGCGCCCCCCAUCCAGGAGAAGAAAGGGGGUAGAGCAGAGGAGGGAGGCCCAGCGCCCGAGGAUGCUCACAAGUGCUGUGGCUGUCGCUUCCCCCUGCUCAUUGCCCUGCUGCAGCUGCUGCUGGGGGUGGCCAUCACAGCCGUGGCCUUCCUCAUGGUCACCAUCAGCCCCUCGCUCCUGGCCAGGGAGACACCACACUGGGCCGGCAUCAUUUUGUGUGUGGUCUCCUUGCUGGGCUUCCUCCUCUACUGCAUCACCUACGUACCAGAUGAGAGGACCUCCAUGCAAUUCAUCGCCAAACUGCUGUACUUCAUCCUGUGCACAGUGGGCCUGGUCCUCUCUGUCCUGGUCAUGGCCUUCUCUGGCCACCAUUAUGCUCAGACCAACGGCUUCAGGUGCCUGGAGGUGGGAGACGACUGCGUGUGCACCCUGGACCCCCACGACCCAAUCGCCAGGACCUUCACCUACGCGGGAGUCAGCGACUGCGGAGAGGUCACAGGCACCCUGAAGUUGUACUUCCUGCUUCAGAUUGCCCUGAACCUGACCCAGGCCCUGGUGUGUGCACUGGGGGCCUUCGUCAUGUGGAAGCACCGCUACCAGGUGUUCUUUGUGGGGCUACAGAUGGGCUCACCCUCCUUCCAGCACUGGCAGAAGGUCUGAUAGGAAAUUUAGAAAAAAAGAGGCCCAUGAUGAUGCUGAUACCACUAUUGAUGGUAGAGUAAGGUGGAGAGCAGCCAAUCAACAUUUCGGCUCAUUUUACUUGAAUGGACAGAGAUGUAUUACACAAAACACUUUGGUGUGUGCAUAAGUGUGUGUGUUUUGGUUGUUCUCGAUCAUAUUUACAUUUUGGGGUGGUUGACUUCUUCUAUAAUGGCUUUUCGCACAACUUUUAUAUACUGUGUGGAGAACUUUAUUCGCAGUUGCCAAUGCUACAUGAGAUACUGUAUUUCUAAUAGAUGAAGAAAAUAUUCAAAACUAUGAAACUGUCAGUUUUUGAAUGAUCUACCAUGAUGUUCAAUGUAUUUUUGUCAGGGUUUUCAAAAAUAAUUCAGCAAAAAUCUUUAUUAUGCCUUUACAAUUGAAUGUAUACAAUCUAUAAUAGUGUUGAUUAUGUUACAAUUAAAGCAAACUCAAGACACUUUUCUCAUACUGUGGUCGUAAAAACGAUUCUUGCUGUGCAAGUAUUCAACUCUAUAAUCUUCUAUCAUACUGCUGUUUAGGACUGUGGGGAAUGCUAUUGUUUUCAACCCCAAUCGGCCUUCAAUUUGAGAUACUCAAUGAGAGUGGGCAGCACUGAGCUAGCCUGCAACAUCACUUCCUGGAGUAGCUCAAACUGAGCAUGUUAUCAAAAGACAGCGCAGUAUGAAGAUAUGCAAAAACUGCUUCUCCAAUAAAAAUCCCCGAUUACAUUGUAGGUGAUGUCAUGGCGAAGUUCAUGCACAGAAAGACGUCAUCGGGUCUAACGGUUGUCUCGGUCCGAACUGCGCAUUUGCAGCCCGUCAAUUCAAAAGGGACUCCUUCGAUAUCAAGUUGCUUUUGACAAAAAUGUGUCACUUUCACAGGGUUGGAGUAAUAACAUGUUCAACUACUUAAGACAUUUGCUCGAAUCUAGGUUGUGGAUUUAGAUUGAGAAAAUUACUAAUUAAGGAAGUAUUUCACUUCUCUCAUCGACUUCUCAAACCCCGGACAGGUCUGCUUGGUCUGUUUCGCAAGCGUUCCCGGAAGUCACGCGAAAUUGCGCCUCUGGGAUUAGGAACUGCGAUGUUAUGUUUUGAGAAUCCCCCCAAGUGAUUCCAUUUUAGCUAAAACAGAUUUCCCGAGCUUCAAAUGCACUGUUGAGUCUUCACAUAGGAAUAAAUGGUGUGACGU